AUGAGGGAUAAACCGAUUAGUAUUCAUUUGAGUAGUUUAUUUCUGAAGGAAGGAGAAGACCAUAGGGAAGCUAGGGAGCAGAUUGUGAAGGCUUGGCGUCACAUUCAUAAGAAGAGUAGGAAGGAUUUGGGACCUAGGGGUGCUGUUUCUUUGGAGCCAUACCUUCAGUGGGUCCGGUCGAGAGCCAUUCAGUUGAAGAUGCCAUAUACUCGGGAGACACCCAUGCUUGAUCUAUUUGUGAAGACUACUCCUCCCUUAUUAGAUGAUUUAGAAGAGAUGCAGCUUGCUUUGGUCAGGAUGCAACAGGAAAGGGAUGCUUGGAAGAACAAGUUCCAGACUUUAGAGAGUUCCUACAGAGCAGACCUGAAGGAGAAAGACGAUUUGAUCGAGAUCCUCGAGAGUCGAGCGGUGGAGUCUAUGGAGAGGCAAGGGGAUUUAUUUUCUCCUAAGCCUCAAACAGGUUCUGAUUACUCAUUUCCUGAUCCAGAUGGUUGGAAGGAGGUUGCCAUCAGACAUGUGGAAGAAAACCAGAAGUUGAGGGCUCAGAUUGCCAAUCUCACAGGGAAGCGCCAGCGUACAGAUUGA